GGCCGGACGGCGCGAGGGGCCGGAGGGUCCCGCGCGCCGGGCGCCCGGGGCGGAAGCGCCGUUCGCGCCUUCCCGCGGCCGCUCGGCUCUUUCCGCCUCCCCCUCCGGGGCGCUUCGUUCGUUUCCGCGGCCGCUCGGCUCUUUCCGCGGGGGCCGGCGGCGCGCUCGGCCGUUCCCGCCGCCCCGCCGCGCGCUCGGCGGUUUCCGUGAACGCUCGGCGCUUUCCGUGCGGGCCGCGGCGCGCUCGGCGCUUGCUCCCUGGCUGGCGCUCCUCAGUCGGCCGCUGCCUGCCUGUCGCCGGGCUGGGAGCGCCUGUGUGUGCGCGAGUGACGCGGCGGAGGUGUAGUUUGACGCGGUGUGUUACGUGGGGGAGAGAAUAAAACUGCGGCGAGAGCCCGGGCGCGAACGAAAGCAGUGACGGAGCAGCCUGGUAACCGGCCCUUCCGAAAGCAGAAAUGCUCUACUGGUGGUUUUGCUCCAGCUCUGGAGAGGUGUGGUGCUGCUGGGUAGAGAGAAGCCUGAGUAACUGGGCAGCACAGAGCGGUACACAACAUUGGUAUUGUGGCUGUGGAGGUAACUAAAUGACCAUGGAAUCUGGAGCAGAGAACCAGCAGAGUGGAGAUGCAGCCGUUACAGAGGCAGAAACCCAACAGAUGACAGUACAGGCACAACCACAGAUUGCAACGUUAGCCCAGGUAUCUAUGCCAGCAGCUCACGCAACGUCUUCUGCACCCACGGUGACCUUAGUUCAGCUGCCCAAUGGGCAGACGGUUCAAGUGCAUGGAGUAAUUCAGGCUGCCCAGCCAUCAGUUAUUCAGUCUCCACAGGUCCAGACAGUUCAGAUCUCCACUAUAGCAGAAAGUGAAGAUUCACAGGAAUCAGUGGACAGUGUCACAGAUUCACAAAAACGGAGAGAAAUUCUUUCCAGACGACCGUCCUACAGAAAAAUUUUGAAUGACUUGUCUUCAGACGCCCCAGGAGUGCCAAGGAUCGAAGAAGAAAAGUCUGAAGAGGAAACAGCAGCACCUGCCAUCGCCACUGUUACGGUGCCAACUCCCAUUUACCAAACCAGCAGUGGGCAGUACAUUGCUAUUACGCAAGGAGGGGCGAUACAGUUGUCUAACAAUGGCACAGAUGGCGUGCAAGGUCUUCAGACAUUGACUAUGACCAACGCAGCUGCAACCCAACCUGGCACCACCAUUUUACAAUAUGCACAGACCACAGAUGGACAGCAGAUACUUGUACCCAGCAACCAAGUUGUUGUACAAGCUGCCUCGGGAGAUGUGCAGACCUACCAGAUUCGCACCGCCCCUACCAGCACCAUUGCACCAGGAGUAGUCAUGGCAUCAUCUCCAGCACUUCCAACCCAGCCAGCAGAAGAGGCCGCACGGAAGAGAGAAGUGCGUCUAAUGAAGAACAGAGAGGCAGCACGUGAAUGUCGCAGGAAGAAAAAGGAGUAUGUGAAAUGUCUAGAAAAUCGAGUGGCUGUGCUUGAAAACCAAAACAAGACACUGAUUGAGGAGUUAAAAGCACUUAAGGACCUUUACUGCCACAAAUCGGAUUAAUUUUGGAUUCCCAUUUUCACUUGUCCAGGUGGGAUAGAGACUGGUUCUGGCUAUACCCAGAGAGACAAUGUAAACUUUUUAUUUUCUAAACAUUUCUUUUUUUCUAUGCGCAAAACUGCCUGAAGCAACUACAGAAUAUACUUCAUCUGUGCUUUGCAUCAAACUGUGAAUGUUCAAAUACUUGCCUCCAGUUCUCCCCUUACAAGAUUAUUUUCAUCGUCAAAUAAUCUCAGCGUGAAGAAGAACAGGCUCCUUUCUCAUCUCCCCAUCCUCUUCAAGGAAUAACAGUGGUCACUUGGGAAGUUACUGUGGGGGAGGGUCCUUUUGUAAUGAUUUCAAGAAUUUGUGCUGAGUUCUUUCCAUUGCCUUAGAGACGGAACUACCCCAGCCUCUUGGCCCAGAGAGCUGUGGGCCGGCAUACGUGGAGCACGCGUGGUGCAAUGAAGAAGCAGUGGUUGCCAAAUCGGUUUCACAUACUUGUUUUAAACCAUAAAAAUACAUGUCUAAGUGGCACGCCAAAGAAAAGGCACUUCACAGUCACGUUCUGUGUGUGGAGCUAACAUACCUUUUUAAAACUAGCACAGGAGGGGUUCUGAUGUGUGAUCUGCAUUACUAGUCCCUCCUGGACUAGUGAAAACUCCAUUCCACAGAAACAAAUGGAUUGAAAUGAGCUUCACUGGUCAGUUGUUGCUUCUUGCAGCAUAUGUGUGCAAGUGUGUUUAGCAUUUUGAAUGCACAGAAAGAAGACACCAGCUUCAGAGGUUAUUGGUUGGAAAAUGAUAUUUAGAUGGGGAUGGAAUUCAGAAUUAAAAAGGUACAAUAGUGACAUUUUGAAAACAGAUGUGUAGUAAGCAACGGUAACACACUAAAGCACUACCUAUGAGUAUUGCAGAACAACUAAGCAGUUGAAGCAUGGCCAAUUCCACAUACAUAUUCUCUGAUGGUUUGUCCCAAGUCCUCUCAAGCAAUCAGGUAUUUCUGUUUCCCUACCACUAUCUUAUGUAAUGGAAAUUAUUGUACGUAAUGGAAACAUUGUCCUGGUUUGCUAGAUUAUUUUUCAAACUUUGAGGCUGCGCAUUCCAUCCGUAAAUUAAAUUGCAGUAUGGUAACUGCCAGGACAACCUCAAAUAUCGAAGAGAACUUCAAACAUGAAUAUUCCGACUGGCUUCUGCUUCGCAAGAGACAAUAUUAUUUGAACUUUCCCAGGCUAAACAAAUUCUUAAUUUAUUCAGAGGAUUUUUUCAUGCAAAGGGUCAGAUUUACCAAGUAGUUUAUUCGUGUAAGUAAAAUUACUUAUGUGCCUCAGACAUUUGCAAAAUCAAACUUCUUGUGUGUACUGAGGAAACAUGGUCUUUCACAGAUUUACAUUGUUAAAAAGGUAGAUCAUGUUAAAAAUAACUACUCAGCAUUAGGACUUCCGUUGUGUGUCAAAAAGAAUCAUGCUCAGUUUGUUUACUGGCGCUCUGAAGCCAGUCUCUUCAUUUAUCAACUUGGGUCAUUUGAUGGAGUAUGUUUACUUUGGGCCUCUGGUCCAACUUUUAUGUAUAGAGACAUAUGAAUAAGACUCUGGUCUAUACUAAUGCCUUGCCUAGCAAAGUAUUAGCUAAUAUUUUUUUUCCCAUUUGCUCUAUCUGUUUUUAAGAUAAAUUUCAAACAUGAGCUUCUAAAAGGUUAUACAAUCAAUGUGACGUAGGAAGAACUUUUGCAAGACUUUUGAUAGUUGAGUCUCAAACAGCUAAGCAGUAUUAAAAGUUCUAGUUUUCUCAUUUGAGAGGGCAUUCAGUUUCCAAGAGACUUUAAAAGGAGCAGGGUUAAACUUGUAGCAUUAUUGUUAAAUCUAGAGUUAUCAAUAAUUUCAAAUUGUUUGUAUUUCAAAUAAGAGAAAAGAAGUAUCAGAAUUAUGAAAGAAUUCAUUUUCAACUUAAGUUUUGAGGGGGUUUAUAAAUGGUCUAUUUUUAUCUGUCAUGGAGAAUUGAUUUUCAUGUUUUUAUUUAAUGGAAAAUGAAUUUAUGAGUUUAGCAAUGCAAAUUUAAAGAAGACCCUAAAUUCUCAGCAGUGCUUUUCUAACAAUUGUCUGAUUUUUAAAGACAGAGAAUACGUGCAUGUAUGACGGUUACCAGUUGUUCAGAACUAGCGCAAGAAGUAGACUGUUGAUAAUGCAGGAGUAAUUCUCGUAAAAUAUUUAACUUUAUGAUGGCCUGAUUUACACAGUUACAUGGGAUGGUUUCUCCCGUUUUGAGAAACGUGAAGAAAAGAUGUACAUUCCUACAUGAAGGCUUUCUCUUUUGCAGAACCAUCUGUCUGCAAAAGCUUGAGGUUUUGUACUGAAACUGCAUGAGGCUAGCCGAGAUCUGGGAGCUGUUCCUAGCAGGUCAUGAGCACUCACUGGUAGUCACGCAGCACAAAGCCUGGCGGCUGAAUGGACAGGGGAGCCUAAAGCAGUUCCUGGACAUGGUUCUUCCGUUGAAGCCAAUUUGUGAAGCAGUGAGAGGAGAACUGCAUUACCAGUUUGUCUGUGCGUGGUCUGUGAGUAGUCUAUCGUGUUAUUAGUGUAGACUGCGUUAGCAACUAGCAUUUCAUUGAGAAAAAGAACAUUAUUUUAAAGUACCUAGGGAUCUGUGAGAAUCUUUAUUUUUAUUUAUGCUGCACUGAGGAUUUAGGGACUUGAAUUUCUUUAAUGGAAAUUUUAAAUGACGUUGAUAAAAAAUGUAUUAGGCCAAGUACAAGGCUGGCUAGGGUUACCCAUACAUACUUUACUACUCAUAGUGACCCAAAAAGGGAAAGGAUAUGAUGCAGGCAUUCAUUCAUGUGUUACUUACCAAGUAGUGAGGUUGGGGUAAUCAGCUUCUAUAAACUAAGGCCAUUUGGAAGUAGGACAGCAAUUAUGCUGGCAGGGGGGAGGGAAGGUUAGUUUUAUAUCUCACGGUUGUGAGUUUUCAAGAAUUGAUAGCCUGUUUUACCUGAAGAGAGGGUUAGAAAGGGCUAGAUCCAUUAUGUUCAUAAUAAACAAGAAUUGAUUUGAAAUAUAAUUUUUGUAAUGUCAUUAUUUUGCAAAACAACAGCACCAGUCAGGCAGUUAAGAUAUUGUCAGAGGUGCUCUUUUAAUUUAGAUAUUCUUGGAAAAUACAUAUGUAUAAUAUAUGUACAUAUAUAUAUAUAUACACACAGUAUAUAAUCUACAGCUCUGAGAGCUUUUAAGUCAGGAAUGCUGAGUAUUAUAGUAUAUGGAGGUCAGAAAAAAUUUUUACUUCUCUGUGUGUGUCUGGGUGUGUGUGGGUGUGCGCGUGUGUGAAAGCUUCCCCUGCCCCAGUAGUUCUGGGCUGCAUUAUUCUAGCGCUUAUUACUGAUUUGUUUUGUGCUGUUUCUCAGUUAUCCAUUUUCAAGAAUUUUAUUUUCAUCUUUCAUGAUUUUUGUGAGUUGGUUUGUUUUUAUUUUUUUAUUUUUUGAUGGAGAAUUUUGAAAUUAUAUAAACAGUUGUUUUACAACAACUACCACCCUGCAGAAUAAUUCACUUUUGUGCUUUUUCUCUUUGGCAGCUAUAUAUCAAAGGCAGAUCAAUUGGAAAGGUUGUUAAGGUGUUGUUUUUAAAAGGAACCACUGGUAAGACUUCUGUUUUCCUCCUGGGGUAGUGGCUGUGCAUUUUUAUUUAAGCAGUGAUUUCACCAGUGAAUCAGAUAGUUGCUGGCACCAUUGCUUGUAUCUGAAAGCACAAUUUUAGCCUGUCAUUGUCAGGACUGUACAGACACCUAUACGUUCUGGCUCUUGUGUAGUUCAUGUUUGUUGCAGACCACUGUCUUCUCUGGUACUUUACAUUGAUCAGAAAACUGGUGGGGUGUUUGGAAUCAUUAAGAGGCUCAGGAAAAAAAUAAAAGUUAGAUUUAAUAAGGAAAAACAGCCCUAAUAGUUUCUGAUCUAAAUUUGUACUACAGUUUUGUUUUGUUUUGUUUUAAAUCUGGGCUUCCAGUAAACAGCAGCUGCAAGUAGUCAUCUAUUAGUGAAAACUGGCCUCUGCCUUUUUUUUUAAUUUUAUUUUAUUUUAGACAGAUAGCCAGUGCUUUUUAUGGGUUAAAGACAAGUCUCCCCACCAAAGCAAGUUUAUUAUCAGUGGUUGCGAAUCUAUGACAGAUCGACAGAUCAUAGGGGAUUUCAUUGGUUUCCUAAGACCCUGUUUUUAUUGUCAUUUUUUUUUACCCUGAAGCAGGUUAGUGAUGUCACAUUUGCCAAUGAUCUAACCAAAAGGUCAUGUAUUUAUUUUUGUUACACGGUAUUCUUUGUAAAUGUUUAAUUAAAAUGUGCACUUUUUAAAAAAAAACACAAAAAAAAAACACAAAGCAGAACAAAAAAAAAAAAAAAGAAAGAGAGAAAUUGGGUUUGCUUGAGAAGCUCCCUGGCAGAAUUGCUGUAAUCCUGCCACCUGCACACAACUCACUCCUCUCCCCACAGCAGUUGACUCUUUCACCAAUUUAACUUGCUGAUUAGCACCUGGCUUCCAGUAGGCAUUGCUUCAAAAUGGCAGAUCUGGGCUAGCACUACUGAAGACUGGAAAGAAUUAAGUGUAUGGUGUCAUAGCAGUAGGCAUAGGAUGGCUAUUAAAUUAUUUUUAGACAGAGUAGAACUAGUUCAGUGACCCCAAGUGAGAAAGGUAAAUUAAUUUGGAAGGAAAACUAAAUUCCUUCUCCGUCACUUUAUUCCCCUUUUCUUAAUUUGAAAUUUGGCUGCAAAUUUUGGAAGUUGCAUUCUAGGAAAAUAAAUCAAAAUCACAAUUCUUUGGCACCAGGAAUUGAAGAUGUAGUGAUAGUGUGUCACCCUGCUUUAAAAGAAAAAAAGCACAACUAACUUCCUUUUGCAGGAACAAUGAUAAUUAUCUACAAUCCUGAAAUAUGUCACCGUAAGCAGGUUUUAAAAGCAUACGGUACAUUCAUGGUUCUCACAUACUGUGCCUGGGAACUCAAUUUCCUAAGCUUUUGAAUUUGCUAGUCGUAAAAGACAGUGAUUUUGCAGAAAGCUGAAUGUAUCGUGAAGCUUGGUCACUCUGGGAGGAGCUGGACUGGUAAAGAGAAACAGGGUGAUGAAAACCUAUCUGCUGUGUGCUUGUGACAGGUUCAGGUUUGUGGAUGGAUGUGUCUUAAAUCUGUGCAUCUUUUAGGAAAAGGGACCAGAUCCAGUUGGUGAAGGGGGGAUUACAUUUCAAGCAUUUUGCCUUGGAAUGUAUUUUUUACAUGUAUUUAAGCUUUGGCCUGCAAAGAGACUUGCUCAGGCUAGUUUGCGUAGCACAAAUUGAAGACAGUGACCUGUUGUGGUGCUGCAAGUGCAGUUUUUGACUUGUGUUACUCAAUGCUGAGUUUAGGUCUCACUUUCACCAGCAGUUAGGAAAAAAAGCCAGCUGUCACCAGGAGCUGGGUGCUGGCAGGGGAAGGGCGAGGGAUCGGCCGUAGCGAUCCACGGUUAGUGCAGUUCCAUAAGCUGACCGUUUACUGUACUCACGACUUGGGAGCAGUCAGUUCACUGAGUCUCAGCCUCAACUAUGUAUUUCUCUAAAUUAGGGGAUAGCUGAGUGUGAGACCAAGGGGAAGGCAGGCCUUGAGCCAGUCAGUUACCUGGAAAUGGCCGCUGUUAAGAUCUGGGGAUGUUUGGAUGCUCUCCACAAGUUGUGUUUUAUCCAGGUGCCACUCCAUUUUUUGUGUGUGUAAUGACGUUUAUUUAUAUAAAAACAUGAAGUUUUAAAAGUUCUAGAACUGCGAGUUUGUAUGAGAUUUGACGCUGUGCUGCUUAUAUGGACUUCUAGGGAUGGGAUGGGGAACAGGGCAAGAAGAGGUGCUAGUUGGCAGCCAACCCCUCCACAGACUUGUCCACAGGUUGGUUGUUCAUUUCAAAAAUGAGUUACUUGUAGUCUGGAUUUAUAAGUUGAAAUUGUUUUGAAACAGUGUUUUUCAGGGAAGCUUCCAGAGCGAGGGUGGUUAUUCUCCCUUUGUAAUGUAAGCUGGAAAGAGCAAGUUCACCUCAUCUGCAUUUCUGAUUCUUUACCCAAACCAUGUCAGCACAGAACAGGGUAUUUGAGCUUGACUCCCACGUUCCUGUGGAAGUUAAAAGACUAAAUGAAAAUCCAUUGUUGGAGGAAAAUAAGUUCUUAUUUACAUUUUCCCCAAAAUUUAGAAACAUCCCUGUUGUGUUUUUUUGUUUGUUUUUUUUUUUUUUUUUACUUUUUUUUUGUGCUUUAUCUGUGUUUUUUUUAAAAAAAAUGUACUGGGUUAUAAUGCAUUUUAUUAACACUAUGUACAUAUUAGCUGCUUUGUGUUUCAGAAUGGUAGUAAUUGCUUUGUAUAUUAAAGUGAUUCUUGUGAAUUUGUGAAUUAUUGUCAUAAAGAAGUGCUUUUUCUUACUGUAACCUUUGUGGUAUAAACUGUCAUAACUCCCUUUUUACACAAACAUUUAUGUGCAGUCACAUAAACAUGCUUUUAAAAACU